AUGGAUAGUGCUUCACAAAUGUUCUUUGACAAGCUUGAUCGCCGGUUUGUGCCCACCGGAGCACAGUUCGAUGUGACGCAGUGGAUGAAAUCUCUAUCCUACGAUACAAUGGGCUUGAUGACAUUCUCCCGGCCAUAUGGCUACGCUCAGCAUGGGAGAGACUUACACGGCAUCAUGGACGACGUGAACAGGGCAAACCUGAUUAUCGGACCCGAAGAACAUCGGAAAAGUCCCAAAUCGCCCUCCAAUGCAAACGUCGACGGACCCAUUGCCGACUGUGACUUCCUCGGGUAUUACCACAAUGCCCAGGAGAGAAAGGAUAAUGUGCCACUUCGAUUUGUGUCAACCUGGACUUUUGACAAUAUUCUUGGAGGGGCCGACUCCACGGCUUCCAUGCUUCGAUCUGUGGUCACCCUGACGCACUGGAAACGGUACGGGCCGAGCUGCGAGAUAAGCAACGCACUGCCACCGGGCUCACUCUACCUUUCCCGCAAUGGCAUGAGCUGCAGAACCUCCCCUUCCUCGACGCCUGCAUUAAAGAGUCACUCCGGCUUGACGCUCCAUUUGCUAUGCCUCUUGAACGAGUAG